AACUACCAUCAAGUGAUGUUGUUGUACUCAUCACUCAACCUCCUCCAGAAACUAUUUCAAAUUAUGUAAGACCAAACGAUAGAAGGUUUCGUUCUCAACAAGAUGAUUUGCUUCCUUCUUUUACCGAUGCUGAAGGAAAAGUUUUUAAAAUCGGUGAUCGAAUAGCUUGUUAUAAAGAUGGUUUAUUAACUGCUGCUCGAAUUAUGGACAUUGAUAAACCAUCAAUCCCACAUGUUGAUCCUGCUUUACAAGAACGUGUAUUUGUUCAUUUCGAAGGUUGGGGUCCUGAGCAGGCUAAAAUGGUUACCCCUCUUGAUAUCUUGCCUUAUUUUCAAAGUGCUCCCGUUUUAAUUGGUCCUCUUGGAAAAGAUGAUUUAAAAUCUUGGCAAGAAUAUAGAUGUUUCUACCAAUCAGAUGAGGGUAGACUGGCACGUGAGCACACCGCUAUCGUCUUUGAUGAAACAAUGUUACUACAUGAAUGUCCAUGUAGAUAUCGUGAUAACAAAUCAACCAGUCAUCCUGAAAAUCCAGAGCGUUGUAUUGAAAUAAUGGGAACUUUUGAGAGUCAAGGGGUCAAGCGAAUACGUUCUAGAAUGGCAACAAAGGAGGAGCUUGAAAGUUGUCACGUAGGUGAACAUGUUGCCACGUAUUUCUCAUAUAAGAGGAUUUGUAUGCCAAAGAUCGAUGAAAAUUCUGAUGUAAAGGUCUGCGAAGAAUCUGUUGCAGAUAUUGCUGAUGUUGAGAAAAAAGAUUCCGUUGGCAAAGUCCAAAAAUUAAUUGAAUGGUCUCCGCCGGCUCUUAAAGAUGCUAUGUCUUGUGGUGAACUAGGCAUUUGCUGUGAUACUACUUAUAAUCCUGCCGGAACUCCAAAUGCGGCUAGAAUGGCUGCAGGGUCUGUUAUUGAAAUUGUCUGCGCUGUCGCAUCCAGGAAAGUUGCCAAUGGUUUUGCGAUAGUACGUCCUCCCGGCCAUCAUGCUGAACGAAAUCAAGCUAUGGGAUUUUGUUAUUUCAAUAAUGUUGGUAUUGCAGCGAACAUGGUUUUGAAAAAUUAUCCUAAUCACGUUAAAAAAAUUCUUAUAAUUGAUUGUCAUGGAAACGGCACACAAGACAUGUUUUACGAUCGUGAUGACGUACUGUAUUUGUCGUUGCACCGUUGGGAUAAUGGUAACUUUUAUCCUUACUCUGGUUCACCCUCUGACCUUGGUACGGGUAAUGGACUAGGUAAAAACGUUAAUAUUACUUUUUCUUCCGAAGACGACAAAAUUGAUGCGAUGGGUGAUACCGAGUAUGUUGCUGCAUUCAAGCAUAUCGUGAUGCCAAUUGCCAUGCAAUAUAACCCUGACCUGGUUAUCGUGUCUGCCGGUUUUGACGCUGCUGAAGGCCACGAUGAUUUU